CGAGAGAGGGAAGAAGAGAUAAAAUUUUGGUGGGCGACAUUGCCGCGUGUCGAUUCUCGAAUGGUUUGUUACAUAUCCUACUUGGCAUAUUAAGUACAGCUAAUAUUUUUUCAAUGUGGCGUGUCAAAAUCCCACCCGUGUCGCCGGGGGCCCAUCACGCUAGAAGUCUCCCUCACGUGACGGUCUCGCCUCUCUCUUCCUUCGCUCCUCCUCUCUUCCUUAUCCCUUUAUUUUAUUUUUUCUUCUUCUCUCUAUCCCCCCUCCCCUCGCCUCUUCUUUUUUCUUUUUCCUUUAUUUUUUUCUUCUUAUUCCUUUUUACUCCAACACGGACGCCCCACCACCGCCACCACCGCCGUUCCACCACUAUCUCAAUCCAUCUCGCCGCUGUUUCAGUCCUCCGUCGUCAAGAUCAAGCUUGGCCGGCAAAAUUGGGCCUUAGAUUCUGGAUUUAAGGUUGAGCGAGCCCUAAAUCUGUGAUUCAGAGCUCAGCUUGACCUUGACAAUGAGGGUUACAAAGGAGAAGUCUUGAUUGAACUUGUGAGAUCAUGGCCUUCAAGAAUCAACAUUUUCACCGCGAGAUCAUGGCCUUCAAGAAUCAAGAUUUUCACCGUUCGGGGCCUCGGGCCCGUACUCGCAUUGACUGGAAAAAUGCAGAUCAUGGGAGGUCGGUUGUUGCUUCUUUGGUUAAAGGUGCCUAUGUCUUAGAGCGGGACCGCCGGGGGAAACGUGAAGGUUCCCAGGCUCUUGCUCCUCCUUGGUGGGAAACUUUCGCUUUUCAGUUGAAGCGCAUACUCGUAGAUGGGGCUGACUCUCCUAUCUUCGGUGCCAUCUUCGAGUAUAAGCCUCUGCCAUCCUCAUGUAACCACUCAGCAGAUGGACCGUGUUUCGUGGUCGCCUUCCGAGGCACCUUGUUCACGAAAGAAUCCUUCUUUCGAGAUAUUGAGCUGGAUGUUCAGUUUUUAAGGAAUGAGCUUCACUCCUCGUCUCGCUGCAAGACUGCCGUGCAAGCGGUAGAAGACUUGGUUGCAGCCGCCGGCAAUUCUAAGGUGGUCUGGUUAGCUGGCCACUCCCUGGGGUCUGCCAUUGCUCUGGAAGCUGGAAAGAACAUGGCCAAAAAGGGAUAUUAUCUCAAGUCUUUCCUCUUCAACCCGCCUUAUGCAUCUGUUCCGAUUGAGAAGAUCAAGAGCAAGAUCUGGAAGCGGGCUUUCCAGUUAGCCGAAAGCGGGUUAUGUGCUGCAGCGGCGCUAGCUAAACAGUCUCCGGAACAGCUGAAACAAUCGGCCGAUUCUUUUGCGGCUUUGUCCCCUUGGGUUCCUCAGCUGUUUGUCAACAAGGCUGAUUGCGUCUGCUCGGGAUACAUUGGCUAUUUCGAGCACGGAAAGUGGAUGCAAAAGUUCAGAUUAGGAGGUAUCCGCAAGAUUGCUAGUCGUUAUUCUGUGAUAUUGUUGUUCAUGAGCGAGAAUGGGACGCAGGCAGAGCCUUUGCACCUCAUCCCAUCGGCAAAUCUAUCGAUCAAUUCAAAGCCGCCGAAGUGUUUCCUGAGGGCGCAUAAAAUUAGCGAAUGGUGGAAGCUGGACCUGGAGCUGGAGUCCGAAGUUUACAAGUACGAGUAUUAGUAUUGGCGGUAUCGUUGGACUGUUAGUUCUCGUCGCUUAUGCGCUUGGAUCUGAUGACGUGAUUGAACUUGCCCAAGUCAUUGAAUACACAGUUGUGUUGAUCUCCGUGUGCUGAAUUGUUUAUGUGCGGAUCGAUGUUGCCUGGACCUGUUGUGUGGCGCAUUUCCUUUUUACUGUCUCGCAUAUUUCAUAUGUUUGGAAGUGACAGAUGUGCUUUCAGUUUGUUUGUGUCCGUGUGGGUGGGAGAAAGAGUCCUCUUGUCAUUUUUCAGUUUGGAGAUUGAAGCAAUGUUAUCCGCCUUA